AUGAGACCCGGAAGUGAUAACCAGUCGAAGGGAUCGAAGGAAGUGGUGGCCCGCUGGCGGGUACCGAUGUAUGGUAAGGUACACGAGAUCGAGUUCGAACAUGGUACCGCUAGUGGGAAGCGUGUGCUGUGGAUCGACAAGGAGGAAAUUUUCCGACGGGACUGGAUGUUUAAGCUGGUCGGUGAGGAUAUGUUUAAGCUGGAGGAUAAGCGGUGUAUCGUUCGGGUGGACCCACUGCCCGGCUUUAAGUACAGUUACUCACUGUUUGUGGAUGGAAAGUCUUAUGAACAGUUUACGGAAUCACAGGCCAAAGCGCUGAGGACAUGGGAAAUCAAUUUGGGGAACAAUUUCUAUCGCAUAGUAUUAGAGAAAAACACGCUCAACAUUUAUGUCAACGGAAAACUGAUAGAGGAAAAUGGCGAGUUCGUAGAUGGCGGCACUGAGACUACUUUCGUUGAAGAUGGUAACACGUUCGUGCUAACUGCACGAACCAGUGGUAAUAAACGGGAUGGGAUCGUGCACAAGCUAAGUGUAAACGGUGAAACGGUGCAGGAUGGAAGUUAUGAUGAACCGUAG